GGCAGGGAGGAAGAUGAUUGUCCCGGAGAUAAUGACGGAGGAGCAGGAGAGGCAGGACAACGACGAGCUGCACAAGAGCUUCCUAGAUGAGAACUGGGCUAGGCCGCACUCAGCUACUGUGAGGAGGAAAGCUGAGUCGAUAGCAUUCUGCAACAUCGCAGACAAGCUGACCAUUCAGGAUGAGCAGAGCCGGAGGAAGCAUGGCUGGCACUUGGAGGACCCCGAGUACGACGUCGUUCACAUCAUGACCUAUAUGCGGCAGCGGCUGUCCAACUCCAGUGUUUUCCUUAUGGAGUUUUUCCGCGAUUAUGAUUCGACCAAGCGAGGGUACAUCUCUACCCAUGACAUGCUUCGCGGCCUCGACGGCUGCCGAUGCUUUCAAGACAUGUCGCGAGGAGAGAAGGGGCUUGUCGUCAGGUUCUUCAGCGAAGACAGGCCGCAGCAGUUCAAAGAUCAGACGUUCAACUAUGCUGUCUUCUGUGAAAUCCUGCAGCCCACCAACGACACUAGGGUUCAGAUGAACAACGUGUACCAGAGGCUCAAGGAGGAGCUCGACGCCUUCAACCCUGACAUGUCGCUCGACUCUCCAUACGCCAUCCAGCCCCUCACGCCUGAGGGUGAGCUGCGCUGCAAGUACCUCAAGAGAAAGCUUAAGCACAAGAUCACAAGCACCCGCGUGUCUGCUCGAGAGCUCCUGGGCGAUUAUGAUCCGCACCUUAAUGGAGGCACCGUUGGCUGGAUGAAGAAGACAAGCAAGCACACUCAGUUCCUGUGCAACCUGCCUGGCUGCAUCUCCCGCUCACAGUACAUGAGGGGGAUGGUGCGCCUGGCCGGAGACCUGGGAUUGACUGAGGACGAUAUGAACCUGAUCUACUCGAAGUACGAGAGGAACGGAGCUUUCAACUACUAUGCUUUCUGCAAGGACAUGGACCGACCCUCGUCCCCCAUCAAGUUCCGAGAGGGAGGGAACAGAACGCCUCUCGACUUCUCCGGGAACCGAACUCCUCUCGAUUUGAUGUGAGCUUGCGUUCGAGUCCUUCACCUCGGGCUGGUAGGAAGGAGAGCUUGUUGCUGCAUCAACUCGGACCACGUCCUUCAAGGCUUGUGAGGAGGUUGGGGCUGUACCGUUGCUACUUUCACACAGCUGCAAUGAAUCGGAGUAACUUCGCG